UCUCACACACACACACACCACAUCAUCAUCAUUCUCUUCCUUCCCUAAAACCCACACAUCCAUCCAUAUGCUUUGCUUCUUUCACUGUCUAAAUCUUGGAAAAAGAAAGUAAUGGAAGUUUAGCAGAGAAAAAGGACAUAAUCACACUGUGUGUUCGUCUUUUCUUGGUAACGAUCACAUCGUCUUCUUUACGCAAUCUUUUUUCAACAAAACCCAAAUUUUCAGAGAGUUAUUCUUAUAUAUGUAAUGGCGAAAAGUGGGGUGUUUGAAAGAGAUCCGACUGCAGCAGCGAAGGUGACGACCGACAACUUGAAGAAGGAAUUACAGAGACUUGUUAAGUCGAUUGUGGAGGAAUCUUCACCAGAUGAAGAAAUUGGAUUUGGAUUUAUAGAUUGUAUUGAUAGAGCCACUCAAACUUUGCAGAGUUUGAAGGAUUUGAAAGAGGGAAUGAAACAUCGAUCAUAUGAUAAUACCAGUUUUGAUUCGUGUCCUCAAGAAUUCAAUUGCCCUCUUUCGAAAGAAAUCAUGAGAGACCCAGUUAUCAUCUCUUCCGGAAAAACAUACGAUAGAGCUUCAAUCCAAAAAUGGCUAAAAGCAGGGAACAGAACUUGCCCCAAAACCCAACAAGUUCUUACGCACACAAUUCUAACUCCAAAUCAUCUUGUUCGCGAUAUGAUCACGCAAUGGUGCAAGAAUCGCGGUGUUCGAUUGCCGGGUCCUCUGGUCUACUCCGAUCAAAAUCUGGCGACCGAACCGAAUCAGAGUCUUUUCCGGUCACUUCUCAACAAGUUAUCAUCGAGUCUUCCCGAUCAGAAAGAAGCCGCAAGUUCAUUACGUUCAUUAACAAAACGAAUCCCAUCUUUCCGUGCAUUUUUCGGCGAAUCUGAUGAUGCGAUACCUCAAUUGCUAGCCCCAUUGUCAGUGAUCAAACCCGAAACGGAAACUCACCGUGAUCUUCAAGAAGAUUUGAUCACAACCCUUUUGAAUCUAUCGAUUCACGACAACAACAAGAAAAUCGUCGCCGAAACACCAAACGCGAUUCCAAUUUUACUGGACGCGUUAAGAUUGGGAACAAUAGAGACUCGAAGCAAUGCAGCUGCAACCCUUUUCACUCUAUCCGCCCUCGAUUCCAACAAAUCACUCAUCGGAAAAUCCGGCGCUUUAAAACCGCUGAUCGAUCUUUUAGACGAAGGGCACGUAAUCGCAAUGAAAGAUGCCGCUUCGGCGAUCUUCAAUUUAUGCAUCGUCCAUGAAAACAAAAGUCGAGCUGUGCGCGACGGAGCUGUAACCGUGAUUUUAAAGAAAAUCGGCGAGAGGGUUCAAGUCGACGAGUUAUUGGCCAUUCUUGCGAUGCUUUCGAGCAACCAGAAGGCGGUGGAGGAGAUGAGUGAUCUCGGUGCAGUUUCUUGUUUGUUUUCUUUGAUCAAGGAGACAAGUUGCGAUCGGAACAAGGAGAACUGUAUCGCAAUCCUGCACACAAUUUGUUUCAAUGAUCGGACGCAGUGGAGGGAGAUGAAGGAGGAAGAAAGUAAGUACGGGACUCUGUCUAGGGUUGCCGGAGAUGGGACUUCGAGAGCCAAACGGAAAGCCAAUGGGAUUCUUGAUCGGAUUAAUAGACCGAUUAAUCGCACUCAUACUGCUUGAGCUUCAUUGGGUUUUCAAAGAAAUCUGUAAAUUCAUCAUCUUCUACAUCAAGAUUUUUUAGGGUUCAUGAGUUUCAUGACUCUACUGAAUCUUAGGUUUUACUUUUUAGUCAACUUUGUUGCUAAGUUUGACCUCAAAUUUUUGUAAAUUCGUGUUUUCUAUAGUUACCAUCAAUAACUGUUUCUUAAGAAAAAAAAAGGUUAUUUUUACUGAGAAAUUAUUAUAUUUUUUGCAAUAAAAUGAAAUAUGGUUGUA